AGCGAGUUGUUUUUGGUCGCUUGUCUGUGGCUGUUGGCGUCACGAGCGCCGUCACUGGCGGCCGCCUGACUUGUCCGUCGCGCGGCGCGAGCAGGCUGGCGCGCGGGUGGGCUGGCCUCUGAUCCGCUUCCCGCGGGCGGCUCGAAAAUACCAGCGGGGAGAAGUAACGAUGAGACGACCUCCGUUUGCGGGCAGGACGAGCUGCCGAGGCCGUGUUUGGAGUAACGCGUCGCCCCUUGACCGAGCCGCGUCGGGUUAGCUCGCGGUUAAGAGUCCCCCUGCCUUCCUCUGUGCUGUGGAGACCGAGGAGCCUGAAGAGUGACAGACACUCCCUUAUCUACAGGAAAGACAAUGUACUAGGGAAAUCUCCAUCGGGGAACAGCAGUAGUUUAAAAAAUGAACAAUGAAGACGAAUUCUAUGAUGCCGUUACAGGCUUGGACUCCGAUGAGUCCUGCGAAGGCACGUCAGAAGCCAGCUUCAAGGACGCCAUCGUGUUCGACGGGCAUCCGAAGAACAAUGGCGCGCCUCUGCAGGAGAACGGAAUCAAGAGGCACAGGACGACUUUACCAGCACCUAUGUUCUCUCGUAACGACUUCAGUAUUUGGGGAAUUCUGAAAAAAUGCAUCGGCCUGGAGCUGUCCAAGAUCACCAUGCCCAUAGUGUUCAACGAGCCCCUGAGUUUCCUGCAGCGCAUCACUGAGUACAUGGAGCAUACAUACCUCAUCCACAAGGCAGGCUCCUUGUCUGACUCGCUCGACCGCAUGCAGGCUGUUGCCGCCUUUGCCGUUUCUGCCGUGGCGUCCCAGUGGGACCGAACUGGAAAACCUUUCAACCCACUGCUGGGAGAGACCUACGAACUGACGCGGGAGGAGCAGGGCUACAGGUUAAUCUCGGAGCAGGUGAGUCACCACCCCCCGGUCAGCGCCUUCUUCGCCGAGAGUCUCACUGGCGACUUCGUGUUCCACGGCUCCAUCUACCCCAAACUCAAGUUCUGGGGCAAGAGCGUAGAGGCGGAGCCACGUGGGACCAUCACACUGGAGCUGCUCAGGCACAAAGAGGCCUACACGUGGACAAACCCUUUCUGCUGUGUACAUAACGUCAUAUUAGGCAAACUCUGGAUAGAGCAGUACGGCACUGUGGAGAUCGUCAAUCACAGUACUGGUGACAAGUGUGUGCUGAACUUCAAGCCCUGUGGCAUGUUUGGCAAGGAGCUACACAGAGUGGAGGGUUACAUCCAGGACAAGAGUAAAAAGAGACGCUGCGUAAUCUACGGCAAGUGGACGGAGUGUCUGUGGAGCGUCGACCCACAGGCAUUCGAGGCGUACAAGAAGGCCGAGAGGAAGGGAGACACUAAAAAGCAGAAGCAGGAGGAGGUCGCGGGAGCCGAGAACGAGGACGCGGACGAGAUGCCGGACGUGCAGGAGACCGUUGCGGUCAUCCCUGGCAGCACACUGCUCUGGAGGAUAUCGUCCCGGCCCGCUCACUCUGCGGAGAUGUACAAUUUCACCAGCUUCGCCGUCACCCUGAACGAACUGGAGCCAGGCAUGGAGGCCGCGCUGCCCCCUACGGACUGCCGCCUGCGGCCCGACAUCCGGGCCAUGGAGACCGGAGACAUGGAUCAGGCCAGCAAAGAGAAGGAGAGGCUGGAGGAGAAGCAGCGGGAGGCUCGCAAGGAGCGGGCCAAGGAUGAGCAGGAAUGGUCCACGCGGUGGUUCCAGUUAGGCACAAAUCCACAUGUGGGAACCCAGGAUUGGAUCUACACUGGGGGGUACUUUGAUAGGAACUACACUGACUGUCCUAAUAUCUACUGAUGGUGUGGGGGCGGGGCCAUGCCCCCCCACAUCCCUUCACAAAAUCAUCACAAUGUCUCCAGUGGGAACUCUUAAAAUCCUUAGAUGCAUCUGUUCUUUUUAUUUUUUAUUCAGCACAAUUUCCAACAUCCAUAUGAAUACCCCUGCAUAUACGUAGCCGGUUCUGCCUGAACCCGUCACAACAACGUAAAAAUCAGGGAUUUAAACCAUCGCUCGAUUGUAGAAAUGUAUUUGGAGACAAGUCGCCCAGUAUGUCUCAGUUAUGAAAUGUGAGGCUUUAUUUUGUAUGUGGAAUAUAUUUUGCUAACCUCAGUGUCAUUAUUGGGAAUGAAAUAGCAGCAUUGAAAUAAUCAAGGCAGACAAGUUGGUUAAGGAACAUGGAAUGGCUUUGCAAGUUCAAAGUUUGUUCUUGUGGCAGGAAAUGGGUGUUGAACCAUGGAGCAAAGGUGCUUUAUGGUCAUUUAAACGUAUAGCUGUAUAAACUGGUAAUGUGUAAAUGUUAAGCUAUGUAGAUAGAGGCCCUCUGACAAAUAAAAAAACAUGUAAUCAAAGUUUUAAAUGGUGUUUCUCAGCUAUUGGGAAAGGUUAACAUGGUUAACCUGACAGUCCUAAAAUAAGGCACAAUUUUCUAGGUUUCUAGAGUUAGACACUUAAUAGCUAUUCACUGUUUCAUUAAUCAGUACGUCCCUUUGUUGUGUAUGUGCUGAUACCUAAAUCACCUGCCAUUCUGGAUGGACUAUUUGCUGUUGAGUAGGUGCAGUAUAAACACUGCAUGAUCCUGUACUUCUGUCGUCACUACCUUUGUGUUUAUGUGUUUCAAACUGAUAGCUUAGGAUUCAUCUCAGUACAAUAUGAACAUCAUUUGCUAUCCGUUAGCAGGUUCACAUGAGGCUUGAAUGAAUACAUAUUAACUUCCAAUGGUACGGACCACCAAAAUUGUUUGAUCCUUCCCACCUCAGCUUUUACAGAAUAUCCAGAUCUUCGGGUACACAGUUAAUUUUAGUAUAAAGAUUAACACUUUUAUUUUUGUACUAAAAUGUUAAAAUGAGCCUGAAACUUUUGUUUCAGUAAUUUGCGUUAUUUAUAUGAUCACCAGGACAUUGUGCUUUUGAUCCUCUGCUUGUCUCAUAGAGUAGGCUGCUGGUUGGCCCGCUGAGGGAUGUUUUGAAAUAGGAUUGACCAAUGGGCUGACCCGUUCACCGAUGCAUGUGCGCAGUGAAAAUGGAGAAUAGUUAGUGAUAAAGAAACCUGUACGAAGAUGUCCCUGUAUUGUAAUGCAUUAUUCGGAGGAGUACAAAAAAAAAAACAAAAGUUAAAGCUUUUCACAUUUUUAAACGCGAAGGCCCUUUGCGAGAACCUAAUAGUAACAUCUCUAUGGAUAGUAAUGUCAGUGGUAGACAGGAGAAUGAGCUGCUGGUCUCUUUUCUAUCAGUAUUCCUCGUUCAGUCUUAAUCCCACAGCUAUAGCAUCUUAACACAAUCCUGACAGUCAAGCCUCAUAUGUACAGAACAGCAGUGACUGUGUGACCUGGCACAUUUAAUGUUAAUUCAGUGAUUUAAAGAACAUUCUAAUUAUGGGUUUUAAUUCUUAUUUUCCUGCAUGCGUAUUGAAAAUAUUUUAAGUGACACAGUACAGCAGCUGCUUAGUACCUUGUUUUCCCAGUUUCUAAACCUACCCUAAGUGGUUUAUAAUAUUUACCACCAUUAAUAUACAGCAGUAAGAUGUACACAAGCAAAAUUGCCGGACGUGCAUCGCGUGGAAAGCAACAAGCUGUGUGGUUUUUCUGUUUGAUUCUGGACUGCAGUUUACAGUGUUGGAUGAUUUUUCUCAGCUCAGAAAGUGUACCCCCACCUCGUAAAUAGCUUCCAAAUUCAAUAAUCAUUUAUAUAUAUAUAUAUAUAUAUAUAUAUAUAUACCCCCCUUCAUUGUCUUUUAAGCUUUGACGUAUCCUGGGAAACAUUGCAGUUUAUUAUUGUGAACAUUAGUAUGCGCAGAUAUUACGGAUUACAGGCAGAUGAUCAGUGGGAUUGCUUGUUUUGCGUUGUUUUCUGGUCUAGUAUGCGUUAUGCAUUCAGAUGCAUAUUUUUAUUUACUCCGUUACAGGAAUUAUUUCAGCUAAAUUAGCCCAUUUCAGUAGAACAGCUUCUAAAAGUAAUGUAGUCUUCCAUGUUAGGCAUUAAUCACUGACAAUGUACCUUAUCCUAUACGCGAGACUUACCCUGUCAUAAUACUUAAAAUUUCUUGUGGUCUAAAACUCUCAAAUCUAUGCAAGCAACAAUGUCUUUGGGUGUGUGUGUGUCAACUGUGUACAAUUUAAAAGCUACAUAAAAGGUUGAGGUUCCCCCUCACUGCAGGUGUAAAUAGAUGUCACAAUUAAAUAGAUAACGCCUGUGUGUUGAAUGUACAUAUCCAUCGUUAUUUUCAGAGUGUCAGGAUGGGAAGAGUUCACCAUAUCCUGAAAAGUAUCUGCAUAUUUUGGGGUUAAGGAGACAUUUCUCACUCGUUUUAAGCAUGUCAUGUUGCUUUUGACCUCAUUUUCAGUAAUCAAAUAAUGAGAGAUUUCAUGAAAUACAUUUUAUUUUGACAUUAAAUGUUUCAAGAACCCAUUGAUUUAUGGGAAAAAGUUCUGCUUUGCUAAUCUGUUGCACAUCACUUAUGCCUGAUUGUUAUUUACAUGUUAAAACAGGUGAACUAACUGUGCAGGUGUCUACAUAUUUUCACCAUGAUUGUACAGAAAAUAUAUAAAAAUUGCUCUGCUGCUGGUUGUUCCUACACUUCAUUACUGUCUGUCUGUACAUUUGGUAAUUUGUAAACUAGCAAUAUAUAAAAAAAUCACUAAUGUAACACCAUUAAAUGAUAGUUUUUAUUUUA